AAUAUUUUCCUUGACAAAGCAGCAACGAUGGAAGACGAGAACCAGCCAAGGCGAAACAGCGACGACAAACACCACCCGGAAGUCGAAGUCACCUCUCACGGCGAUGACGAAACCAACAGCGAAGACGAAGACGACGACGACAGCCUCAACGAAAAACCGAUCGACAAAAGCAACAAAUCCGAUGACGCUGGUGACCCGGAAGCCGUCCAGUUCAGCCUCACCGACCCGGACGUUCUUUCAAAACAGCUGCAAGAGACUCAUCUCAACGAGGACGAGACGGACACUCUCUUGAAAGAAGCGAAGAAGCUCAACGCUAAACUGAAGAGAAUGCUGAAACAGCAGCAGACGUCCACUGGGGCAGAAAACAACAGCAAAGCUCACCAACCCAAAUCUAAAUCACAACAAUUGGGUGCACGUCAAGGGGAAGGUAAACAAAGAAAAGAUACAAAGUUACCUCCCAUCAGUACCAAUAACUCUGGACACACGGGGAGUAAACCCGCCAGUGGAAAAUCUAGAGCGUCGACAACCGUUAACCCCGGGAGUCGGGGGUCACCUCCCCUUCGUGGGGAAACCGGAAGCCGGGGGAAAUCCGCCAGAGCUGGCAGACGACCCGAAUGGAACGACCGUUUUUCUUAUGAUUGAUCGUUUCUACUGUUAAUUCAAAAUCAAUAAAAUCGAUAUGUGAACGCGGGCCCUUUGCUUGUUUUUAUGUCAAUACAAACAGUUGAGUUUAGGCUCGAGAAUGGUCCAAGUCACGGACCCUGAGGUACAAAAGGGCGGACAUUUUUUUUUCUGACAUGGAAAUUAUUUUGUUCUAAUCAAAGCCA